AUGACCGUAUUAGGGCAACAGGGCAGCCAUGUAGGCGUGGUCGAUCGUUGUGUGGCAAUCGGGUGUGGUUACGGUCUCGGUGGAGCCGAACAGAAGAGGAAAAUGAGCAGCAUCCGAUGCAAGGUUUAUUGUUGCAGCGAACCGGAAGAUCUAUUGUCAAAUGUUGACAUUAGGAGAUUUACAUUUUCUUCUGGAACGCUUUCAUAUUCAGAUCUUUUAGUUAGAAUACAACAAUGGCUACCGCGCAACAAUCCUGCUGUACACCCACCAACAGUUGCAUAUCUCACUGCUGAACCAUCUGUAUUAGAGCUAAAUCAACCUGCGCUAAAAAAUUUGGUGCAAAAUGAAAUCGAAUGGACUCGGGUUAUACAAAAUCAUGAUCCGAGUCUUCUUCUCAGACUAGCUGCUUGGGACGAAACUGGCGGCUCUGAGAGUAUAAAUCAAUCAGUGUUAAGGGCCAUGCUGAAAUAUUUAGACAAACAUCGUUACACUGGUAUCACUGAUGAGAAAAUUAAAAGGAAUAUGCAAAAUGGGCAUAUCAACGCAGAUGAAUGGCCUAAGUUGUCAUCUCCAAUUGAAGAAAUGAAAGAACACUACACUGUAGUUGUGAUUGGAUCUGGCUAUGGGGGCUCUAUCAGUGCAUGCAGAAUGGCUAGAGCAGGAAAAGAUGUCUGCGUUCUAGAACAAGGCAAGGAGGUUGUUCCAGGAGACUACCCAAAUACAUUAGAAAAAGUUUUACCCGAGGUGAAACUGACACUGCCAGAUGGAAGUCUUUGGCCUUCAGGAUUCACAAAUGGUUUCUAUGACAUAACGAUAUCAAAAAAUGUGUUGCUCUGGAAAGGGUGUGGACUAGGAGGUGGUUCCUUAGUGAAUUCGAGUAUUUCCAUAAAGCCAGACAGUAGGGUCUUUGAGACGUGGCCAGUAGAACUUCAGCAGGAUAUGAGCAGGCUGGAAGAAGGAUACCAGAGAGCAACAGAAGUAUUAUGCCCUGCACAGUAUCCUAACCAAGCAACGAAGCCACUAAAAAAAUUCAACUCGUUACAGAAGGCUUCAGGGGUGUCUGUCAACUGUAAGCUGGCAUUCACUAACACUACCUUCAAAGACAGAAUAAAUGACCAAGGUGUUCAUCAGAAAGCAUGUGUACUUUGUGGUGACUGUAACACAGGAUGUAACUAUGGAGCAAAGAACACCUUACUGAUGAAUUACUUGCCUGACGCCAAAAACCAUGGAGCAGAAAUAUUCUGCAAUGUUUGGGUUAGCGAUAUACUCAGACGAGAUGAUGGAAAGUGGCUAGUAACUUGCACGUAUGGAGGAGAUCAUGAUGGUGCUCCUCAUCAAGACAAAUUGGUGACAGCAGAUAUUGUGAUGUUGGGAGCUGGUUCCCUUGGGUCAACAGAGAUUUUACUUCGAAGUAGGGAAAAGAAUUCAUUGGCCAUUAGUGAAAUGUGUGGAAAAAGAUUUGGGACUGAUGGUGACUUCUUUGGUUUAUCAUACAAUGGACCAGAUGAGGUAAACGGCUGUGGAUAUAGCUCUCACACACCUGAAGAAAUGAAAGGAAAAGAAUGUGGUCCGUGCAUUACAGGGGUGUGGGACCUCCGAUCAAAAUCGAAGCCACUGUCUGAAGGCAUGAUAAUUGAAGACAUCACCUUUCCUGGAGCAUUUGCAUCAUUGCUGUCUGCAAUGCUUCCAGCAGCAUCACUCGUGUGGGGGAAAGACACAGACCCUGGUAACACAGGAGAGAAAAUGUUGAGAAUUCUAGAAAGUCUGGCUGAAGGUCCAUAUUCAGGUGCAACUCAACAUAACCUUAUGCUGGGAGGAAUGAGUACAUACGGCAGCAAAGAUCAGAGCGGUGAACUCAGUCUCGUUGAUGGACGUUUGUGCAUUGACUUUCCUAACGCUAUAGAUCCUGAUCACAACAGUCAGGUGAAAGCAGUGCUGCAUCAGGCAGCUAAAAACAUGAACUCAACAUACAUUGAAGACCCAUUAGCCAACCCCACUGUGUUUAAAGAAACUAUACCAAAGAUAGAGGCAACAAUACAUCCCCUAGGAGGCUGCAUCAUGAGUGAUUCAUACGAGACAGGUGUUGUUAACCACAAAGGACAAGUUUGGUCAGGACCUUCCAAGGUCUACGACAGUCUUUAUGUUACUGAUGGAGCCAUCAUCCCCACCUCACUGGGUGUUAAUCCUCUUCUCACUAUAUCUGCCCUAGCAGAACGGAUCUGCAUGCUGCUGGCAGCUGACUUGGGCUGUACCAUUAACUACACACCAACACCAAACGUACGGCAUGGUGAUCAUGCAGCAACCCAAGCAGUCCUAGACUGGUAAGCACAAAAAAGAAAAAGAAAAAACAACAGAUCAGCCAAGAUUAAACUACAGACGUCUCAGUCACCAGAUCGGGUGUGUGUGUCUUGUCUAUUAUGUCAUGUUACCAUAGAGUUAGAUACCAUUGAUCCACUUCUGACUGAGCAAACAAAGCAUGCAUUUGUAGGAAACCAAUUGACAUCGAUGUAAUAAGAGACAGUCUCAAGCCAUUGUAUUGCAAUUGUUCCAAGUCAUGCCAUUGCAAUGUACAUAAUACAGUAAAGUUGUAUUUCAGAAAG